AUGGCGGAUCCACAGAUCGAUGUGGAUCCGAAUCUCCACCUCCCGAAAGACGCCGGGGGAACUCAGGAUUACGAGUCCGAUACAACAUCCAUCGCUUCGCAAAUAGCCAAAGGUCGCUUAGAAAAUGGCCGCAGAUACCAGGCAUUGAAGGAUGAUGUUUACUGGAGCCCUUCAGAUGAACAGCAGUUUGAAGCCUUCGAACUUGGGCAUAUGGUAUGCAUAAUGCUGGACUACCAUCGAGCCAACCCUCUCUUUGCAGCUCCAAUCGGUGAAAAGCCCAAGCACAUUCUCGACAUUGGAACUGGCAAAGGCAGUUGGGCCAUUGAUGUCGCAGAUCAAUACCCUGAUGCUACCGUUCGCGGAGUGGACCUCUUCCCUCCUCCAGUCACCUGGGUGCCUCCCAACUGCCUCUUUGAGGUAGACGAUAUUCAGAAAGAAUGGACGUGGAGAGAGCCCUUCGAUUUGAUCCAUAUUCGCCAAUUGCUUGGAUCAUUCACUCCUGAAGGCUGGAAAGGACUAUAUCAGCAAUGCUUCGAGAACCUAGCACCCGGUGGCUGGAUCGAGCAAAUCGAAUUCGAUGUCCGAGUGAAGAGCGAUGACGGAUCUCUGCCAGCAGAUAGCGUGCUGGCUGGCUGGGGUGAUAACUUCAUAGGAUGUGGUGAAAGAGCUGGCCGGUCCCUGACAACCCAGGAGACUAUGCGAGCCUCUAUCGAGGCGGCCGGCUUUGUCGAUGUGCACGAGCGCCUCUACAAGGUGCCCAUGGGACCCUGGGCAAAGGAUAGGCUGCUCAAGGAGGUUGGUCUCCUUAACCUUCAGCACUGGAAGUCUGGACUGGAGGGUUAUGCUAUGUGGCUGCUCACAAAAUUCGGCGCGCCGACUCCAUGGACAAAGGAGGAGGUCGAAAUCUAUUUGGUCAACGUGCGAAAGGAGCUGAAGGAUAGCCGUAUCCAUGCCUACGGAUAUGCCCGGCGAGUGUGGGCAAGGAAGCCGAGAGAUGACCACAUGAUCCAGACAUCAGCCAAAGCUAAGGAGUCAUCGUGA